AUGAAUAACCAAGAUAUCCAGCAACAGGUGCAGCGGCAAGAUGACGAGGUCAAUGAGGAAACGCCUUUGCUACAUCCUGCUACCACCGAGCCAUAUUCCGUCUUCACAUCCACACAGAAACGCCUCAUUAUUCUGACAGCGGCACUGGCCUCAAGCUUUUCUCCUCUAUCUGCCAAUAUCUACUACCCGGCAUUGAAUUCCAUCGCAAAAGACUUGCGAGUCAGUCCAUCUCAAAUUAAUCUGACGAUCACGACAUACAUGGGCCUCGCUCCAAUGUUAACAGGGUCAUUGGCAGACCAGGCUGGCCGCAGACCGGCUUACAUCCUUUGCUUCUCGAUAUACAUAUUUGGGAACAUUGCUUUGGCUCUACAGCACAGCUUUCCAGCACUCCUAGCUCUUCGCGCCAUUCAAAGCUGUGGCAGCAGCGGCACUGUGGCCCUUGCAUCUGCCGUGGCAGCCGACAUUAUCACAUCUGCCGAGCGAGGUAUGUACAUGGGCUUUACAUCUCUAGGAAACAUUCUUGCUCCAUCUAUCGGACCUAUCCUUGGCGGUGUUCUAAGUAAGUAUCUGGGCUGGGAAGCAAUAUUCUGGUUCCUGGCUAUUGCAGCAGGUACUUUCUUUGUGCCGCUCUUGCUAUUCUUCCCCGAGACAUGCCGUGGGAUUGUGGGAAAUGGCUCGACUCUUGCAGCUGGAUGGAAUGUGACCAUUUGGAGCUAUUUCCGGACCACCACCUCAGGUACCCCGCCUGCAUCAAAUGUAUCGAGGAGGCGCGUGAAUGUCCCCAACCCCUGGUCAACCCUGCGUCUGCUUUUCCACCGACCUGUGGGGCUAGUCCUUUUGGCAAAUGGAGUUGUAUUCAGCAGCUACUAUGCCGUCACAGCUGGAAUCCCCGCACUCUUCCACAGAAUCUAUGAUCUGGACGACUUGGAGAUUGGACUCUGCUUCAUUCCUGCAGGACUAGGGUCAUUACUCAGUGCAACUGCCAACGGAGUAUUAGUUGAUUGGAAUUAUCGACGGAUUCGACGCAACUCCGGCCAGAUGGUACACAAGAACCAGAAGCAGGAUAUCAUUGGAUUUCCCAUCGAACAAGCGAGGUUGCAGAUUGGUCUACCAAUGACAGUACUUGCAGCUAUCUCAAUAGUCGGCUAUGGAGUACUGAUAUCUUUACAACCCCCACUCCUGGCUGCACUUAUUCUGGUGUUUCUAAUUUGCUUCUGUAUUACGGCGGCAUACAACGUGAUGAAUAUCCUCAUAGUCGACUUGUACUACGAGACGCCCGCUACUGCUAUGGCCGCUAACAAUCUUGUCCGGUGUUUCUUGGGCGCUGGUGCUGCAGCAGUGGUCAACCCUUUGAUCAAGCGGAUUGGUGUGCAAUGGACAUAUUGUUUUGUAUCAGGAGUAAUUGUAUUGGUUACGCCGAUUCUAAGCAUUGUUUACUUUCAGGGCUGGGAAUGGCGCAAGAGACAAGCCGAAACUGAUGCACAACUGCGAACUAACCUCCCUUGGUGCCCUAGCCAGCAACUGCAAAUACGGUAUCCCGGUGGGCAAUGGAUGACUCCUGGCAUGGAAUUGGAUAUUCGAGAGACCAGCCUGAUUCCGGAGAUUUGCGGCAUGAACCUCCAAUGCAACAAAAAGUACAUGAUCCUCUUCAUCGACCUCGACGCCAUCAUACCCGGAACGCGUACUCAAUCAGUAAUUCUACACUGGUACCAACCCAAUCUAAUGAUAGAUUGCACAAAGCCGUCACCACCUUCCACAAUAACUCCUGGCCAGGGCCAUGGGGACAAACAUAGACCGGCAGCCUCGUACAUAGCUCCUCGUGCACCACCGAAUACUCACCACCGAUACGUGUAUCUCCUUUUUUCCCAGCCUCCAGGUUAUCAAUUUCCUGAGUGCUUUUCACAUGUGUUCCCGGAGACUGUUAGCGCCCGCGCCGGAUUCGACAUCAGGGAGUUUGUACAGGCAGCAGGAUUGGACCCUCCGAUUGCUAUGAACUAUUUCAUUGGUAGACAUGAACCUGCCGAAGGCGAGACAACUUCCAUGCCUCAGAGUGCGACGACGACCUCGUUCCGUUCCGUGGAUUGUCCCACGAGGACGGCGGGCUUGGUGCCAUGA